UGUUUGGGAGUUCUGCAAUUGUUCGACUUGCCACCAACUCAUCUCAAUCUGCUACAGCUGCCUCUGUUCCUUGCCGUGGAAGCAAUCUACUAGUCUUCUUCAAGACCGAGAAGACGUGUUGGGCUUUCUUUGCUUUGACGCUGCUUCCUCCGUAAUAUAUGUAUCUGAAGCUGGUGGUUCGAUUCAGAACACCGAUAGGGGAAGAGCAUGUGUUGCGAUGGUGAGUGCAGGCCUCUGGGGUGGCUGUUGGGCCUUCCCUUCGCCUUCCUCUCCCUCCUCGUCUCCGUCGUCGGCGUCGCCGUUUGGAUCGUCGGGUUGCUGCUGUCUUGCAUCUGCCCUUGCUGUCUGUGCGUGACGGUGCUGGUGGAGGUGGCCAUCGAGCUCGUCAAGGCCCCUCUCCAUGUCAUGGAGUGGUUCACCUCGCAGAUCCCCUGUUAGCGACAUCCUGCUUUCAUCUUUCUUUCUUUCUUUCUUUCCCCUGUUUUCCUGUUCUCGAGUUGCCAUUGGAAGACUGUGGUGUGUGAAUGAGUGACGCUGCUGUAGAUUUCUUGCUAUUCAUCUCUCUUCUCUCGUUUAGCUUGUAAUAAAUCUGUGACACAAACAAAAGCUUCCCUCAGUAUCUGAGCUGAUCAAUCACCCGAGGAGAACACCAAGCGAAUAAUGGCUCGACACAUCCAAAAGCAAGAGAUCAGGCACAACUGGCAGCAACGAAGUGUGAUCCACAUCAUAAAGUAGCCAAAGAAUCUACUUUCUUUGAUGGAGUUGAUGCUUUUCUCCAAAAAGAAAUAAGUUGAUGUUUCAUCUUUCA